UUUAUCUUUUUUGCCUCAAUUGUUUUCGUAUUUUUGGGCUUUUCAUUUCAUAAUAAAGUAUUUACGGCAUCUGUAGUACCAGUAAACAGAAGAGUAUAAUACAAGUAUACGCUUGUACGCAUCCAUCUUCUUGUUGACAGUUUGUUGGCGUAAACCAGAGAAACCAGACACACAUACGUCUCCCUUUUUUUCUGUACAGCCAAAAACGUCGUCGUUCCAGGAGGGAGAAGAAUGUCGUACGAUUACCUCUUCAAGUACAUAAUCAUCGGCGACACUGGUGUUGGCAAAUCAUGUUUGCUUUUGCAAUUCACCGAUAAGAGGUUUCAGCCGGUGCAUGAUCUCACAAUUGGAGUUGAAUUUGGGGCUCGAAUGGUUACAAUCGACGGCAGGCCAAUUAAGCUUCAGAUUUGGGACACUGCUGGUCAGGAGUCUUUCAGAUCCAUCACUAGAUCAUACUACAGAGGAGCUGCUGGGGCACUUCUAGUUUAUGAUAUCACCAGGAGGGAAACGUUCAACCAUCUUGCAAGCUGGCUGGAAGAUGCUCGACAGCAUGCGAAUCCAAAUAUGACAAUCAUGCUCAUAGGGAAUAAAAGUGAUCUUGCUCAUCGGAGAGCUGUUAGCAAAGAGGAGGGAGAACAGUUUGCAAAAGAAAAUGGACUUCUGUUCUUGGAGGCAUCUGCAAGGACAGCUCAAAAUGUUGAGGAGGCAUUCACUCAGACGGCUGGCAAGAUACUUGAGAAGAUUCAGGAAGGCGUCUUCGAUGUAUCCAAUGAGUCUUCGGGUAUCAAAAUUGGGUAUGGGCGGCCUCAAGGCCCGGCAGGUGGAAGAGAUGGCGCCGUCACUCAAGGAGGUGGAUGCUGCAGUUGAAUGUAAAUACAUAUAUGUUAACUACGAACUUUGUAUUCACCUCUUGGAAUGCUUUCCCGCAAUGUUUCAUGUCAUUGAACCGCAAAAGCUUUAUAGUAACGUUGUAUAGCUGAAGAAGAUCUCUGAAUGAGUUGGUGUAAACAUGUGGAAUCAGCCACGCCACUGCUGCUUAUGCUUUGCUGUUAAUAUUGUACGUCGUUUGUUUCA